UUCCAUGUUCUAGUUUUCCUUUGAUAACGAAUCGAAAGCGAUCCCUCGUAGCUUUGUCCAGCAAAAGGGAAAUACAAGUUUUUCUUUUGCAAUGAUUCUGAUCAUUAUACUUGCUUAAUUUAAUUCAUGUAAUGCUUCAUUACAGUAGGAAGUUGUUAUAAUUUGUCUAACAAUGAUUGUACCAAUUGGUCUAAAAAUCUAACUUUAGGCGCAAACGAGUCUAGUAAUGGUAAACAUAACUUAAAACGUAUAACUAUAAGUAACGUACGUAUAACUUUAGUAAAUCGAUACGACAAAAAGUAAGCGUGGUUUAAAAAUCGUUGCAUAAAAUUUAUACCUACUAGGUACACCACAAAGGAAAAUAAGAGCUUUUGUUUAAUUUACUCUUUACUAAUUUUACCCGAUUUGUAAAUCUAUUAUAUUCAAUUUAUCAUUAAAAUUUGUCACUUUCUAAGCGAUUUUUAACGGCAGUAUCUAAAAAACAGGUUCAAUACAACCCAUGCAAUCAGUUUCGAAGCAGUCGUUUCCAACACAUGUGCUCACUUAUUACAAAACGAUUAUAUCCUUAUCAUUCACCACCAUACAGGCCCAAACAGGACGAACGAAGGGUUUGAACCAGGCGUAAAUCAAAUUUUCCUGCAAUUGAUAGGAAAAUGCAAUCAGGCGGAAACCAAUCUUCUCUGCAGUCUGUCUCAUCUCAGCUAUGGUCGGGUUCGGGUGCUCACAAACGGUUUAGUACGGUUUGAAAUGUCACCAACGAUGGUUGAUGCACGGAAGGUAGAAUCGGAUUUAAGUGCUAGCUUUCAGGAACUGUUGGAUACAAUCAAAAAGGUACAACCAUCCGACCGCGCAUUGUACGAUGCAUUUGCACCAGUAAGGAAACGGAUCUGGGGUAAAUGGUGCCUGCGAAGGAUAUCGGCUGCGGUGUUUUUAAUAGCCAUAUGCUUGACGGUGUGUUACGUCCCGAGUGUAAACUGGCACGUAACGGCGGUUGGACGUUUGGUCAUGAUAAAGAUACUACCUUACUGGGACUGGACGCCACUUUAUCGUGGCAAGUGUUUGAUAGCGAAGGCGAAAGAAAGCACGGCUGCGAAACAAUUUGAAACGACCAUUUCCUUUCCAGACGAUUGUGUGGUUUGUCGUAACUUUGGAAUGAUACCGGUCCGUCAGAAUGUUACCUACGAAUCAUUGUAUCGACAUCAUCUGAUGCGUAACGUACCGACCAUCGUUACCGAUGUUUAUCCGCCUUGGCACGACCACAAGCGUUACGGUGCCGAUUGGGAAAGUUUCUUAAACGAUUUGGAAGAGCUAUUGCUGGCAAGUCCUUGUGAUUUUCGUACGAAUCUACUCUUUAAACCAAGCUUUGCAAAAACGUCAGCUAUAGCGCGUAUGGUUGAUCUACUUUCGGACGACACAAUGACCAUGGCAAACGACACUAAUCGGGGAUGGUUUGUGCAGCUACGGAACUGUGCUUUACGUACCAUUAAGAAAACGAGAACCAUGUUUGAGAAGCCCUACUUCUACGCCACCCAUUGGGAACCACCGUAUACUAACUGGAUUCUACUGUCACGCGCAUUCCAAGGUACGUUGGAAAUGACACCUAACAUGGCUGGGCUGGUGUUAGUACAUCAGAUGAGAUCAAGUCUUAGAGUCACUCUUCGACCACGUGUGGAGUGUGAAAAUAGUUGCCGAGUGCUUUCGGUCACGCUUCAGGAACAACAAUCACUUCUGUUCUCGACGACAUUGUGGAACUUUAGCUACAUACCUACGGAUGCCAACGAAACUUCACUCACUUUCGUCACAGAAACGUACGAAAAUGUAUGAUGAGAUGGAUGCAAAACUGAAUACAUUGCUGAACGAGGAAUGUUCCGACUAAUAAAACCAUGAUUACGCUGUUACGAACAAAUAAAUACACACGUAAGCAAACGGAAACAAAGCACGGUUCGAU